AUGGAGUUUGGGCCCAGGCGAGCGACAGCAGUGACACAGGGAGCAGACAUGGAGCAACAGCUAGACAGGCCAACGUGGAGCAGGCAGAUAGAGUUCACCCUGGCUGGCAUCGGCUGUGCUGUGGGUCUGGGCAACGUUUGGAGGUUCCCUUAUCUCUGCUACAGGAGUGGAGGAGGUGCCUUUCUGGUGCCAUAUCUGCUCAUGCUGGUGGUGCUGGGGAUCCCUCUGCUCUACAUGGAGCUGAUUGUGGGCCAGUACACGAGGAGAGGGCCUGUCCAUGCUCUGGCUACUGUCUGCCCACUGUUAAAAGGAGUGGGCAUAGCAUCAGUAGCUAUCUCGUUCAUCAUGUGCACCUACUACAAUGUCGUCAUCACCUGGGCCCUCUAUUACCUCUUCAGCUCCUUCCAGGCACCGCUACCCUGGCAGAACUGCAACAACACCUGGAACACCCCGAACUGUACCAAUCAUGCCACCAACAGCAGCUACACCUCCACGGCUAGCCAGGAGUUCUUCAAAUAUAAGAUGCUGGAGCAGACUAGUGGAGUAGAUGAAACAGGAGUGGUCCGGUGGGAGCUUUUACUCCUUCUCUUUCUGGCUUGGAUCCUCAUUUACUUUUGCAUCUUUAAGGGGGUGAAAUCAACAGGCAAGGUGGUGUACUUUACGGCUCUAUUCCCGUAUGUUAUCCUGAUUGCACUGCUGAUCAAUAAUGCACAGCUUCCCGGAGCAUUAGAUGGAAUAACCUUCUUCAUUGUGCCGGAAUGGGGCAAGCUGCUCUCAGUGGAGGUGUGGGUGAAUGCUGCAGCUCAGAUCUUUAACUCCAUCGGGAUUGGUUUUGGCUCCUUGAUGGCCAUGUCCAGCUACAACUCCUUUAACAACAACGUUUUAAAGGACACCCUGACUAUAUCCAUCAUCAACUCCCUCACCAGCAUCCUGGCAGGUUUUGUCAUUUUCUCUGCUUUUGGAUACAUGUCUCAUCUGCAGGGCAUCCCUGUCAGCGAUCUGGCUGUGGAUGGUCCAGGACUGGUUUUUGUUCUUUACCCACAAGCCUUUGCCAACAUGCCAGUGGCUCAGCUCUGGGCUGUGAUGUUCUUCUUCAUGCUGCUUUGCCUUGGACUGGACAGUGAGUUUGCAAUGGUUGAAGUGAUGGUGACCAGUCUCAUGGAUGAGUUCUAUCAACAUCUGAUUAAAAUUUUCAAGCGGAAGGAGCUGUUUGUUCUUGCAGUUUGUGGUGCAGCGUGCCUUCUAGGAAUUCCUUGCGUCAUGCAGGUGGGUAUCUAUGUGUUCCAGCUCAUGGACCAUUACACUGCCAUAGUGUCCAUCAUGUUUCUGGCAGUCUUUGAGGUUAUCCUGAUUUUCUCCAUCAUCCAGUUCAAACCAGCCCGCUAUGGGGACUAUGUCUUCCCUCCCUGGGCUCAGGGGGUCGGCUGGGUCAUUGCCAUGGGCUCCAUCGUAUGGAUUCCUUUGGGUGCCGUUCACACAUUGUGGGUGCUACCUGGCUCAUUCAUGCAGAAACUGAAGCUGUCUGUCACGCCAUGCGCCUCAGAUGGAAUGUCAAAAAUGGCGUAUUAUGAGAGGGGAGGAGGAGACGCGUGUCCGGGCAUAGCUGUCAUCAGCUCCAACAUCCAUCUAGCUGAAAAACCUCCUAUUCAGACAAACCUGUGA